AUGGAGGGUCGCCCAGGCAGGGCCAGACAUCCAGGCGGCGUCGCCCCCGCCCGUGGGUCCCGGGGAGUUGGGGAGGGGGUGGCGGUGGCGGCCGAGAACCCAGCGGGAGAUGCCACCUAUGGCCUUCGGGGCCACCGCAGCCCCCCAGCAGUCGGAGGCCGGCGCCCGCGGCGCGCAGUAACAGGUCCCGCGGCCGCGCCCACACUCACCCUGCGCAGCCUUGGAAGCCGAGCGCGUCCGCCAGAGCCGCCGGGUCGCCUUCCACGGCCGCAGCGAAGAAAACAGCCUCCGGCUCUUCUUGCCGCUCUUCUCAGUUGCUCCCAUCUGUGCGCCCGCACCCCUCCCCCGCCGCCCGCCGCCGCCCGAGGGUCGCCUCUCGCUUCCCCGGCCGCCGCGCGUCUGCCAGGUGCCCGGCCGUCGCGGGGGAGGACGCGGCCGCGGGGGGAGGAGCUUGCGGUCGGGCGGGGGGCGGGGGGCACCGCGCUCGCGCCGAGCCGGAGGGCGCUGCCGGCCGAGGCGGGGACGCUGCCGGGAUGCGCCAGCCGGGGGAAGCGCUCAGCAGCUCACGGCUGA